AUGAAGUUCGUCUGGUUGCUCGCUGCCCUUUCUGCUACGGUGCUGGCUGCACCGGAAAAGCGCAACGACGCUGCUCCCACGGCGACUGAUAACGUCAAUUGGUCUUCGCUUGGCCAAGCCCUGAAAUCGAUUUCGUUUACGAUGCCGACAGGGUCUGCCAACCUGGAUAACAUUUCUCCGCCUCCACGCUCUCUUAUCCCGGAGAUCGUGAAGAAUGUGCCCCCCUCGGCGCUGGCUCAGUUGGUGGUUCCUGCUCAGCGCAGCUCCCUCGCCAGCGAGAUCCAGGCCGGGCACACCCCCUCCUGGUACAAUGCGCUCCCCAGUGACAUCAAGAGCUACAUGGCCCAGGUGAAGAAGGAAAUGUCCGACGGGGCGUUGACAGCUACGACGGGCAAGUACGCCCCUGCAAAGGCUACGGCCGAAAGCACGAAGGACGGUGGCGCAUCGUCCACCACAUCGUCAGGAAUGGGCGCAGCAGGAGCGCAGCCGACCGGCGGGUUGGUGCUGGGUGGAAUGGGGGCCCUGGGGGUGCUCGGUGUAGCAUUGGCGCUGUGA